CCAAAAAAAAAAAAAAAAAAGACAAAGAAAAGGUAGAGAACUAGCCAGAAGGAAAGAUGCCGACGUCGUCAGUAGUUGUUGCGUACGGUUGCCGCUAUUGUGCGCCUUUAAAUCGCCGCCUGUUGUACUUCGCCGCCCGCCGCUACCUCCACCACCGCCGACGCUCUCGUCUCCCUCUUCCGCCUCUUCUCGCCGCCGUCACCGCGAACGUCUGCACGGGGAACUCUCUCGUUCGCCGCAUGGAGCGACUUUGGACUGGGAGUGGCAUCAAUAAGAAAAAGGCAAUGGUUGAGCAUUUGCAGCGCUAUGGAGUGAUAACGUCAAAGAAGGUUUCAGAAGUGAUGGAGACUGUAGAUAGAGCUUUGUUUGUACCUGAGGGGACCCCACCCUAUGUCGAUAGUCCCAUGCAGAUUGGUCACAAUGCUACCAUUUCUGCUCCUCAUAUGCAUGCAAUGUGUCUGCAAUUGUUGGAGGAAAAUUUGAAACCUGGCAUGCAUGCUUUAGAUGUUGGUUCAGGAACGGGGUAUUUGACAGCAUGCUUUGCACUGAUGGUUGAGCCAGAAGGUCGUGCAGUUGGUGUAGAGCAUAUUCCUGAACUGGUGGCUUCUUCAAUCGAGAAUAUUCAGAAAAGUGCAGCUGCUCCAUUACUCAAAGAAGGUUCUCUCUCAAUACAUGUUGGGGAUGGAAGGCUUGGCUGGCCAGAGUUUGCGCCUUAUGAUGCCAUUCAUGUAGGAGCAGCAGCACCCGAUAUCCCUCCUGCACUAAUUGAACAAUUGAAGCCCGGGGGAAGAAUGGUGAUUCCAGUUGGGAACCUUUUCCAGUGUUUAAAGGUUGUGGACAAAAAUCCAGAUGGUUCAAUCAGUGUUCGAGAUGAGACUUCUGUUCGAUAUGUUCCCCUGACAAGCCGAGAAGCUCAGUUACGGGGCAAUUGAUGUUAUCCGGAAAUCUGAAGUGGCUGUAUGACGAAACCCACCUUUUCUUUUUCUUUUCUUCCCUUUUGUAAAGUUCAUAUUGUAUAGGUGAGAUUCUACAUCUACAGAAAGUCCUGAAGAUGCCUUUUAUGCUUGUUUUACUUGGAAUCUAUCUGGUUGGCUGUUAAAAUCCUCUUUGCUCAUACCUUAGAAAAACUUCAGCCCUGAAGAUAUUUCUUUAUCUCUUUUGAGCACGAAAACGAACUGCAGAUGAAACUGUAUCUGAAUGAUUCCAUGUCUAAACUUUGGUCCAUGGAGGGACGAUUUGGUGUGGUUCA